UAGAUUGACCGGCCGACGGACCGACGUACGUAUAUUUACAAAAACUUGACAUAAAGUUUAUACCGGUUAAGUAAGUAAAAAACUAAAAACUAAAAUUCAGUUUGGUUUUUGGAACUGUGUUGUACAGUCAUGGCGCGAGUGUUGGUUUUUUUGUGUAUCUGUUUGUGCUACCAAUUAGUGUAUUGCCAGUUCGGCUUCUUCCCCCGCGAGCAACGAAGGUAUCAAUCGCCAUUCGGAUUUGGGCAGAACUUCAUUCCAAACGCAGCGAACAGAUUUAGAAAUACCCUGGGAAAUAUCCUACAUGUUCAACCACAGACUCCUGCUGACAACCCAGAGUAUGUUUAUCCUUUCCAAAAUCAAAAUCAAAACAGACCAGGCAACCAAUACAAUCAGUAUUAUAAUAACAGACCAAAUAGUGUAAGGUUCCCUAACCAAGGAUACCAAACUCAAAAUGGAUUCUACAAUAACGGACAGAAUAAUCAAGAAUACGCAGAGAGACCAGCUGAAAAUCCCUAUCAGCAAACUGGGUACGGAUUUGAAAAUGGUGGAAAUAAUAACCAACAAUUUAUACCUAAUAACGAAGGAAAUGGUCAAAAUUAUGAUAGUGGAUUUGUCAGUAGCCAACAGAAUGGCCCAGCGUUUGGCCAAGGCAAUGAAGCACCUAGUUUUGGUAACGAAGGUAAUUCACCUGAUAGUGGGUUAGUCAGUGGCCAACAGAAUGGCCCAGUAUUUGGCCAAGGUAAUACAGAAGCGCCUAGUUUUGCUAACGAGGGUGGGUUAGUCAGUGGCCAACAGAAUGGUCCAGCGUUUGGCCAAGGUAAUGCAGAAGCGCCUAGUUUUGCUAACGAAGGUGGAUUAGUCAGUGGCCAACAAAAUGGUCCAGUGUUUGGCCAAGGUAAUGCAGAAGCGCCUAGUUUUGCUAACGAAGGUGGAUUAGUCAGUGGCCAACAAAAUGGUCCAGUGUUUGGCCAAGGUAAUACAGAAGCACCUAGUUUUGCUAACGAAGGUGGAUUAGUCAGUGGCCAACAAAAUGGUCCAGUGUUUGGCCAAGGUAAUGCAGAAGCCCCUAGUUUCGCUAACGAGGGUGGGUUAGUAAGUGGCCAACAGGAUGGUCCAGCAUUUGGCCAAGGUAAUACAGAAGCACCUAGUUUUGCUAAUGAGGGUGGAUUAGUCAGUGGCCAACAAAAUGGUCCAGCGUUUGGCCAAGGUAAUACAGAAGCACCUAGUUUUGGUAACGGGGGUGGAUUAGUCAGUGGCCAACAGGAUGGUCCAGCGUUUGGCCAAGGUAAUACAGAAGCACCUAGUUUCGCUAACGAGGGUGGAUUAGUCAGUGGCCAACAAAAUGGUCCAGCGUUUGGUCCAAAUAAUGGGAAUAACGGAGGGCUUAUCAGUGGCAAGGAGACUGGGCCCGCAUUUGGCAAUGGAUAUACUAAUGCACCAACUUUUGCCAAUGAAAAUGACGUUCCCCGAACACCAGUGCCAGAUACCGAUAACAGGAACAACUUUGGCACCGAAGAAGAGUCCUGCCCAACGGUAGAUAACGGAGUGGGGUCGUGUGUCAACAUCAAGCUGUGCCCGCCCUACGUGAAGCUGCUGCUGCAGGCGCAGUCCAACUCCGGAGCUCUCCAGGUGUUGAGGAAAGCGCACUGCGGCUUCGAUGGCAGCACCCCUAAGGUCUGCUGUCCUCGCGAACCAAUACCAACCCCUGCACCAACGCCUGCCCCAACGCCUGCCCCAACGCCUGCCCCUGUCGACACGGCGGCUGGGAAAUCCUUGACAGAUGAUUUCAUAUCAGCUUUCCCUGUUCCGCCCGAGUGUGGAGUCAGCAACGCUUCAUUCAGCAGAGUUGUGGGUGGCAUUGAUGCUAAACUUGGUGACUUCCCAUGGAUGGCGCUGCUGGGCUACAAGGGCAAAAGGAGUCCCACCACCAGCUGGCUCUGCGGCGGCUCCCUCAUCAGUCACCACCAUGUCCUCACUGCUGCUCACUGCAUACACAACCAUGAGGAUGAUUUGUACGUCGUCCGCGUGGGUGAGCUGGACCUGGCACGCGAGGACGAGGGCGCGACGCCCGUGGACGUGCUCAUCAAGAACAAGAUCAAGCACGAGAACUACAACCCCAAGGCCUUCACCAACGACAUCGGCCUGCUGGUGCUGCAGAACGACGUGCAGUUUACCGAUCUCAUAAAACCCAUCUGCAUACCGAUGGAGACUAACCUGAGGUCUAUGAACUUUGAGGACUACACGCCUUUCAUAGCUGGAUGGGGCGACCUGGAGUUCCGUGGCCCAAAAGCGACCCGCCUGCAAGUGCUGCAGCUGCCAGUGGUCUCCAACGACUUCUGUAGACAGGCGUACACAGCGUAUAAAGCGCAAGUGAUAGACGAUCGAGUUCUAUGCGCCGGUUUCAAGAAGGGAGGCAAGGACUCUUGCCAGGGCGACAGUGGUGGCCCCUUGAUGCAGCCUAUUUAUAACUUCGAGACCCUGAAGACCUAUUUCUACCAAAUCGGAGUGGUAUCGUUCGGCAAAAAGUGCGCCGAGGCUGGUUUCCCUGGGGUCUACACGCGCGUCACCAACUUCGUGCCGUGGCUGCAGCAGAACAUGCUCGGACCUUAGACUGUGGAAACACGAAAAACACCUACUAGGACUCUAAUGAAAUUAUAUUUAAGGUGGCGUUUUGCUGGGUCGAAACCUACUACCUACUACUAAAAAUCGUGUCGUAGUUUGACGGCUACCUACUCGUUAAUUGUGACGAUCUGUUAGGAGGUACACGUUGACAGUCUCUUAAAAAAAACCUCAAGGUAUUUUUACUUAAUUUGAUUUAGAAAAAUCCAGCUCGCUACGCUCACGUUUAUGAACUCGUGGUUAAUUAUUCAAAAAUAGGUCGAGUCAAAUGCCACCUUAACUAGUGAUAUUAAAAACUCAUUAGCUAUAAGAAUAAUUAAGUAAAAUAACAAUUAUAUAAGAAUCCACUUAGUUACAGAUAAAUAUAAUUUGUGGUUUAGUUUGAGCUAAAGAUAAACUGUUAAUUAAAUACAAUAUAUUUCAAUUAAGAAGACCAUCGGCAAGAUUCAAUAGAUGUCACUAAUUUGUUUACAAAAUUAGCAACAAAUGAUUGGUUUAAAUAAUUCUAUUAAGUAUUAUUUUUAAAGAAGAAGAAAAGCUAACAAAAAAUAUGGUGGUGCCUUUUAUCGUUGAAAUGUAUAGUUACUAGUGAUUGAAAGACCAACAAACACCAAAAUAUGUUUUUUGUGGUCUUUGUUUUGGUUAGCGUUUUAAAAGCAACCUGUAUUUUAUAUUAAUAUGUAUGUUAGGAUGAACGAGCUUUAAAAAGUUUCUAUUCCGUCCAAUAGUACCUAAAUACCUACUUAUUAAUUUAUAGUAUUUUCACGUAUUAGUUUAUAACCUACUGAAAUAUUUCUAUUGUUAUUUUAUGUUUAAACACAGUAUUUAUUUAUUGAUCAUUUAAUAAAAAUCCUCUGUACUCUGUAGAGUAGAACUAAGGAAAUACCCACCCUACUAUAAUAAAAUUAGUAUAUAACUUGGGUACUUUUAAAUCAAGGCAAAUACAUCUUCUAUACUAACUAAACCUAAGACUAGACCGAACUAAAUGACUGAACUUUGUUUUAAAGUUAAACUUUGACGCCAUGAUAAAAAAAUCGGCCAAGUACGAUUGGGACUUACACACGAAGGGUUCCAUACCAUCG